AUGUUUAUGAAAGAGAUUUUGUCUUUCGCACUAGCGAUAAGCAGUGCGCUUGCUACAGCUGUCGUACCGUGUCGGGAACCAGCCCUUCGCAAAGAGUGGCGACAACUCUCUGUCCAGGAGCGGAACGGUUAUGUGAAAGCUGUCCAAUGUCUAGCUACCACGCCUUCACGUUUGGGUCUGAACACAACACUUUACGAUGACUUUGCCUAUGUUCACAACAAGCUGAAUAGUCGAAUUCAUUUCGUCGCAUCUUUUCUCCCAUGGCAUCGUUACUAUGUACACGUAUACGAAGAAGCCCUCAAGCAAUGCGGUUAUGAGGGUAGCAUGGCGUAUUGGGACUGGACACUGGAUGCCCGUGACCCUGCGCAUUCUACCAUAUGGGAUGCCAAAGUGGGCGUGGGAGGUAAUGGCGACCCAAAAUAUACGAACCCGGUAGGAAAGGACGAAUAUGAGUGUGUGUCAGAUGGUCCUUUCCGAAACUUGCGCCCGGCAUAUCUUCAGGACGAUCGCAUCCCUCAUUGUCUAUCUCGCAACUUUAACAAUGGCACUGAAUAUAUCGGCAACAUGUUGGCCUCUGAAUAUACCCCCAACGUUAUCAACAAGAUCUCCAAGCUGCGGGACUACAAUUCAUACCGAAUCUCUCUUGAAUCAGGUCCUCAUGGUGCAGUCCAUUCUGCCAUUGGGGGAGACAUGUCCCCCGCGACAUCACCGAAUGACCCGAUUUUCUUUCUGCAUCAUACACAAAUAGAUCGUCUUUGGUGGCUUUGGCAGCAAGAAAUGCCAUCUAACCGCACCUACGACUAUAGCGGUAUCAGAACUCAGGACAAUUUCGACGGCAAAACCCCGCCUGCCGCCACUUUGAAUGAUCUUCUUCCGAUGCUUGGGAUGGCAAAGGACCUCCCUGUCAAACAGGUUAUGAAGACGCAGACUUCACUUCUCUGUUAUCGGUAUUGA